CGCGCCCGACGAAGAGCUUCUUGCCGUUGAUAUCAGUCUCAUUGAAUAAAUGCGCCCCAGAUAUCUACUUUUUCUUCUGUGGAUGGCACCUAUUGUAUUCAAUCUACAUGGUCAUUGGCAUCCCGGGAACUGGAACAGCCGGCCUUAUCCUGACGAUCAUUGCAUUCAAACAUGGACACAUAGUAGCUGGGGUGUUCUGUGUGAUCGCAUUGGUUGGGUGGGUUAUCCAAACUGUUGGGAACGCAUUCUACUACCACAAAGUGAGGCUAGUCAUUGUUUUAGGUGUUAAGACGCUGAUAAAUCUAUACAGACGUGGUUAUACCACAAUCAAGCUGGGCAUACCCUAG